UCAUCCCUUUCGUAAUGGUUUUUUUUUUCCAAGAGAUUGAACGGCUGCAGAAUCUUGUACUGUUAUAUAUCCGUUUGAUUUGUACCCAAAAAUCAAAACUUUGACUCUAGCUAUCAUCGAAUUCCAGUACUUCUCUCUUGCUCUGGCUUCUGAGGCACUUUGAAACAAAAUGGCACCUUCUUGUCAAAGUUUGGUUCUUUUGUUAGCUGUGCUAGUGCUGGGAUUAAGCCUACCAUGGUCAGAUGCUAUUCGGAUCAAUAAAGUUAAGACCAGGACUAGCGUUUAUGUCUCCCCUAAGCUUGUGUUGGAACCAGGGUCAGUUGCAGACAAGUAUUUCUAUAACAUUAACUUCCCAAAAGGUCAUAUUGCUAUCAAGUAUUUCAAUGCUGAAGUGAUCGAUGAACAAGGGAAUCCUAUUCCUCUUCACGAGACUUAUCUGCAUCAUUGGGUUCUUGGAAGAUAUUAUGGCAGGACAAGUUAUGUGGAACCAGAGCAGAUUGGUUUCGAUGAUAUUGACGAAUCAGAUUUUCAGUUCGUGAGAAACAGUGGUUUGUGCCAGAAUAAUGUUCUUGGACAGUACUAUGGACUCGGGUCAGAAACACGAAAGACAGACACACAUGUACCGGAUCCUUUUGGAAUAGAGAUUGGCAACCCUGCAGAGAUUCCUGCUGGAUAUGAGGAGAGAUGGAUGCUCAAUGUUCAUGCUAUUGAUACUCGGGGCGCAGAGGAUAGGUUGGGAUGCACUGAAUGCAGGUGUGAUUUGUAUAAUGUAACAAAAGAUGGACGAGGCCAGCCGUUGAGGCCAGGGUACACAGGGGGUUUGCACUGCUGUUAUGAUGGUACACAGUGUAGCGUAAAACAAGGCUAUAAUGGUGUCAAGAGAAACCUCUACUUGAGAUACACUGUGAAGUGGGUUGAUUGGUCUGAUUCUAUUGUGCCUGUCAAGAUUUAUAUCUUUGAUGCCACUGAUAGAACGGAUCAUUCCUCUCUUCAACAUGAUUGCCGGGUCGAAUAUAAUGUUGAGCCUUGCAGUACUGUUGAUACGGUAAAUGAUCAGUGUUUUGACAAUCAACGGGCAAUCGUUACCAUGCCAACUGGUGGUUAUAUCAUCUAUGGUGUAGCCCAUCAGCACACUGGGGGGCGCGGUUCAACUCUAUAUCGAGAGGACGGACGGGUUGUGUGUUCAUCAAUACCAAUUUAUGGACAAAGCGAGGAAGUUGGAGAUGAGGCUGGUUACAUUGUAGGAAUGUCCACUUGCUAUCCACAUCCGGGCUCUGUCAAAAUAAAGGAUGGGGAGACUCUUGUUGUGGGAUCUAAUUACAGCAGCUCGCAGCCGCACACAGGAGUCAUGGGUCUCUUCUACAUUUUGGUUGCAGAGCACCUGCCAAAGUCCUCCUUUUUUAGCUUGGACUCUUCGCUUUGAAUUCGGGGGUGUUAUCAGCUAAAGCUGCUAGUUUCUUUAUCAACAGCAUUGAGAAAGAAAUUGGCAAUGGCUCAAGAUUGAUGUUGGUCUGAACUUUUACGUACUAGUUAUGUGAUUAGAGCAUCUUGAAUCUACCUUUUCACUGGCACUGUGAUAUGUAGACGUUUUUGUAAACCAAUGUACGCUCUCCUAUAUCAAUAAUUUCAGAGUAUGGCAUUGGCAUCAAAUAAUUAAGUGUAGUCUCGCUCGAUAGAUUCUGAAUUCGAAUUUCUUCCUAGAUUGUGAUUGGAAUAUAUAGAUUUAGAAAGUUUGAAACGUG